AUGGUAACCCUAACGCAAGAGCAGCUGAUGAACUCAUACCCAGUACCAGAAGAUAGCGCCGUCAAGGUGGUAACAGAAGUCGCUCUUAAAGAAGACCAACUUGAUACUUCAGAUCCGUCUACAGUACAGGAAUACAUCAAUUCACAACCAAGUACCGAAGAAAGUACUCAAGGGAGCACUCAAAAUGACCAUAUAGAUGAAUCAAUUCAAUUAGAUCAACGACAAUCCUUGUCCUCACAAUCAUCUUCUGUCGGUUCUGUAUCAACUCUUCAUGAUUUAGAUGACCCACAUACCGUGUCGGAAUUGAUCAAACGUGCAAAGACUUAUUUAAAGAAUAGAGAUGAUGAAACUGAAGAAUCAAAAUCGCUAAUAACUGAACUUUUGGAUGCAUUAGUGAAGUCUAGAGCGGAGACAGGCCAUUAUAAAAUCAAAUCACAAUUACUUUCUAUUUCAUCAAAAGAUGCUGAUAUGAGAUAUGAAGUUGAAAAUGAACUAAUAAAACGUCAAGUUGAAAGACUCAAAAGUCAGGGAGAGAAUAUGGAUGUCUUGAUGAGCAAGAUUACACAUCAAAAAAUGACUCUAAAGAAGUAUAAAAAUGAAAUUAUCAACAAGAAUAAAGAAAUAAUAAGAUUAAGGUCUAGACAGCCAGAUAAUAAAAGAAGAAGAAAAUCAAAUAGUGUACAAGGUGGUAUGCUUGAUACUCUUGGAAUGUUGGCAUCUCAAGUGUUGACAGAAGAGGAGAAAAGUAGAGAUGGUCAUGAAGCAAGUAUCCCCAAUAACUAUGCAUUGCCAAAGUUGAAUAGUUUUAAGCAUAGAUCUGGAUCACAGACAAAUGGCAAUGGACCAAAUGAAACUAUCAUAAGUGAAUAUAGUGUCAAUUGA